UUUGUGGCGUGUAUGACCGCCAUCUUGAAUCAGAUGGGCGACCAGCACUAUUCCUUCUAUAUUGAGACCUUCCAGACCAGCUCUGAACUUGUGGACUUCUUAAUGGAGACCUUCAUCAUGUUCAAGGACCUCAUUGGGAAGAAUGUGUAUCCUGGAGACUGGAUGGCUAUGAGCAUGGUUCAGAAUAGGGUCUUCCUGAGAGCUAUCAACAAGUUUGCAGAAACUAUGAACCAGAAGUUCCUGGAACACACAAACUUUGAGUUCCAGCUGUGGAACAACUAUUUUCAUCUGGCAGUGGCUUUUAUCACUCAGGAUUCUCUGCAGCUGGAGCAGUUCUCGCACGCCAAGUACAACAAAAUCCUGAAUAAGUAUGGGGACAUGAGGCGGCUAAUUGGCUUCUCCAUCCGCGAUAUGUGGUACAAGCUCGGCCAGAACAAAAUCUUCUUCAUCCCGGGCAUGGUAGGACCUAUAUUAGAGAUGACACUUAUCCCUGAGACUGAGCUCCGUAAAGCCACCAUACCAAUCUUCUUUGACAUGAUGCUAUGCGAAUAUCAAAGAAGUGGGGAUUUCAAAAAGUUUGAAAACGAAAUCAUCCUGAAGCUGGACCACGAGGUGGAAGGGGGCCGCGGGGAUGAGCAGUACAUGCAGCUGCUGGAAUCCAUCCUGAUGGAGUGUGCUGCCGAGCACCCAACCAUCGCCAAGUCAGUAGAGAACUUCGUGAACCUGGUUAAAGGCCUCCUGGAAAAGCUGCUGGAUUACCGGGGCGUGAUGACAGACGAGAGCAAAGACAACCGCAUGAGCUGCACUGUGAACCUGCUGAAUUUCUACAAAGAUAACAACAGGGAGGAGAUGUACAUAAGAUACCUGUAUAAACUUCGUGACCUUCACUUGGACUGUGACAAUUACACAGAGGCCGCGUACACCCUGCUGCUGCACACCUGGCUCCUCAAGUGGUCCGAUGAGCAGUGCACGUUGCAGGUAAUGCAGACGGGCCCACAGCACCCCCAGACCCAUCGGCAGCUGAAGGAGGCACUCUAUGAGACCAUCAUAGGCUACUUUGACAAAGGAAAGAUGUGGGAAGAGGCCAUCAGUCUGUGCAAGGAGCUGGCGGAACAGUAUGAGAUGGAGAUCUUUGACUAUGAACUGCUCAGUCAGAACCUGAUCCAGCAGGCAAAAUUCUAUGAAAGCAUCAUGAAAAUCCUCAGGCCCAAGCCAGACUACUUUGCUGUUGGAUACUACGGCCAGGGAUUCCCCUCCUUUCUGCGGAACAAAGUGUUUAUUUACCGAGGGAAGGAGUACGAGCGAAGAGAAGAUUUCCAGAUGCAGCUGAUGAGCCAGUUCCCCAACUCAGAGAAGAUGAACACCACCUCUGCCCCCGGAGAUGAUGUGAAGAACGCCCCCGGCCAGUACAUCCAGUGUUUCACUGUCCAGCCGGUCUUGGAUGAACACCCCAGGUUCAAGAAUAAGCCGGUGCCUGACCAGAUUAUAAACUUUUACAAAUCCAACUACGUGCAGCGAUUCCACUACUCCCGGCCUGUGCGCAGGGGCACCGUGGACCCAGAGAAUGAGUUUGCCUCCAUGUGGAUUGAGAGAACCUCCUUCGUGACUGCGUACAAGCUGCCGGGCAUCCUGCGCUGGUUCGAGGUGGUGCACAUGUCCCAGACCACGAUGAGUCCUUUGGAGAAUGCCAUCGAAACCAUGUCCACGGCCAACGAGAAGAUCCUGAUGAUGAUAAACCAGUAUCAGAGUGACGAGAACCUCCCCAUCAACCCACUGUCCAUGCUCCUCAACGGAAUUGUAGACCCUGCUGUUAUGGGAGGCUUCGCCAAGUAUGAGAAGGCCUUCUUCACUGAAGAGUACAUCAGGGACCACCCUGAGGACCAGGAUAAGCUGAGCCACCUCAAGGAUCUGAUUGCAUGGCAGAUCCCCUUCUUGGGAGCUGGAAUUAAGAUCCACGAGAAAAGGGUGUCGGAAAACCUGCGGCCCUUCCACGACCGGAUGGAAGAGUGUUUCAAGAACCUGAAAGUGAAAGUGGAGAAGGAGUAUGGCGUCAGAGAGAUGCCCGACUUCGACGACAGAAGGGUGGGCCGCCCCCGGUCCAUGCUGCGCUCCUAUCGGCAGAUGUCCAUCAUCUCUCUGGCUUCUAUGAAUUCUGACUGCAGCACCCCCAGCAAGACCACCUCUGAGAGCUUCGACCUGGAAUUGGCAGCACCCAAGACUCCGAAAGCGGAGCAGGAGGAGCCCAUCUCCCCCGGGAGCACUCUGCCCGAGGUCAAGCUGCGGAGAUCCAGGAAGAGGACAAAAAGGAGCAGUGUGGUAUUUGCAGACGAGAAGGCCACAGCUGAAUCGGACCUGAAGCGGCUUUCCAGGAAGCACGAGUUCAUGAGUGACACCAACCUCUCGGAGCACGUGGCCAUCCCCCGCAGGUCAUCUAUCCUCUCCCAAAUGAGUUUUGCCAGCCAGUCCAUGCCCACCAUCCCAGCCCUCAUCCUCUCACCAGCCGGCGUGCCAGGGUUGGACGAGGCCAACAUCUCCCCCCGCCUCAGCCAGACCUUCCUCCACCUCUCAGACGGUGACAAGAAGACGCUCAAACGGAAGAAAGUCAAUCAGUUCUUCAAGACGAUGCUGGCCAGCAAGUCGGCUGAAGAAGGCAAGCAGAUCCCGGACUCGCUGUCCACAGACCUAUGAGAUGCUGCUGCCCAGGGCUGCCCAGGGGAGCCAGAAGGAGUUACCAGAAGAGGAGAGCCAAGGGCAAGACAUCAAAGACGGUCCCCAUCAGUUGUCCUCACUUAGAGGAGACAGAGGGGUCAAUCGAGCCCUAGACCUUGAGCGGUAACAAGCCAAGCAUCUUCUGGGCGGUGACUGGGUAGUGGGUAAGGAAGCCCCGCUUGGGUCUCGGACCCAAGGGACCAGCAAGAAUGCCUUCUCCCAGUGUGCACUCUGGAGACAGCUCUUUAUAGCCCAGUUUCUUAGGGAUAAGAAGCUGUGCUUUUAUUUCAUUUAUUAAGUUCCAGAACUUAACAGAAGAGAAAAGCCUUUUAAAUAUUCUUUUUUAUUUUAUUUUAACAGUUUUGUACUUUACAUUUUUUAAUACAACCAACCAGUCUCUUUUCUAGCUGAUCAUCUCUGAAGCAUUGCUGUUUCUUACUGACAAUAAAAAUGGUUGCUUGGCUC